AUGGCAAAAUUCAGUUCGUCAUGCGCUCUCCUUCAACGAUUGCUUCAAAAAAGUUCCAAGGCCUCCAGGAGAAACCGGAAAGGGUGCUUACUGGACUCUGCAGGAGCUACAGGAAUGUUCGAGAACGGUUCCUCCAUUCGACGGUGUCGCAAAUUUGUUGACGAGCAACGCGUUAGACCACGAUCCGGUCGAAGCCGUAGAAAGAAGUUACAAGAUGGAAGUUGUGGAAGUAGGGAAUGUCAGACUCAGCCACCUUCACUCCAUUCAAUUUCGAAUUCCAUUCCCUCCUCUACAAUCUCACACUACUCCCAUGCCACCGAAAUACAGGAAGCCCAAUUACAAUUGACACCUAGCCUGCAACCAAUCUCAUCUUUACAGCAAUCGAUAAACAGUGCAACCCGACUAGUCAGCAUCCCCGACAGCUCUAGGAAUGAGUACCUCCUGGGAAUGUGA